AUGACAUCGUGUCCGUUUUUGCGUAAAUUGUCUCCCUCUGUGAUUCAAAGAGAUAUUCAACAAUUGAUCCAAUUAAUACCCAGAUGUCCGUUUGCCAGGCGUUUGUUUGAUGGAACACCACUUUCUAGUCCAAGAAUGUAUUCAGAUGUUGCUGUGGAACGUCAGUCAGAUGAAUUAUCUGUUUGUAAGAAUGUUUCAGAGUGCUUACUGAAAAAAUGUCCUUUCACGGUCAAUUCAUAUGACUCAACAGGUUCGAAUGAUUAUUUGUCUUCUCAAACGUCUGAUAAUCACAAAAAUGACAUGUUUUCAAACCAGUCAUGUGGGAUUUCUGAUGGUAAGCUAAAUUAUUGUUUAAAAGUUAUGGGUAUACUGCAGACAGUUAAACUCAUUUUUAUGCAAUUAGCUCUUAGAUUAAAUAAAUUUAAAAGUAUAAAUGCUGUAAGAUUUGAAAAAUAA